CCGGACCUUUAGCCUCCCUCCAAUGCAACGUUGAUUUUUCACGGCCCGCGAUCAAGAGAGAGCAUAUCGACGUUUCGACAGACUUGUUUAAGGCGGCCGGUAACGCCAACAAAGGCCUCGCUUGUCACCGGCAUUGAUUACCAACCCGAGCCAUUUUUAAAACCUCGAGAGUAAUUAACACAGGGAUGCUCAGCAAUCAGCGCUGAUCCGUGUCUCUGUAUACAUAGCGGGUCAACCAGAACCCAUUUAGCAAGUUUUCCACCGAGCUGUCGCCAUUGAUCCAUGUGUUGAUCAUCUGUCGUAAACUUGUGUAGCAACAACAACGGCCACUGACAGUCGGGUAUCCCAAGAGUGCCAUACGAGAAGCAGUGUAAUUGUGUAAGGUGAUUAUAGUGCCAGUGACACUUCUCAGAUGUACUUUCAUGAGAUGACUGUGUUCAGAAACGGGGACACUGAAGGUGACGCGUAUUAAAUUUUACUGACACGACGCUACAGGUAGAUUAUGUGACACCGUUUAAUCACAGGUGACCCCGACGUGUCAGAAUCACUAUUAGACUUAAUGGCAACAACAACAACAACAACUGAACUAUUUGAGGUAGGUUUAUAAUAACCACAUUAGACGAAAGGACAACAUAAACUGUCGAUAAACCUCUGUUCUUUUUUUUGGACGAACUUUCAAGUCGGACUGGAUAGCUGUUGGCUGUUUGCAGCCAAACCAGAACCAGAACCAACCCAAUGCAAUGGGAAACAGUUUUUUCAGAUCAGUUCAUAAACACCUGGGCUGGGUUUGGUUCUCUGGAAUCGGUUACGUGAGAAGACUUCAUUCUUCUCCGUGCCUUGCACAACGACGACAAUUUAUUGAACUGGGAUAUUUAUGCCUUCUCAUUUAGGGCUACAGUAGAGGUAAUUGAACAAUAAUCCAGAUACGCUAGCUGCUUCAAUCAAGGUAAAUAUGAUGAACAACAACAACAACAGCCCGGCCAAGAGACAAUAGCAAAUGUCUGCAGCCAGUUAAUAAGUGACAUCGGCCUGUUUUGACAAUUAUAUCCUUUCAUGCUGCUGCUUCUGACAAUGCGAAUCGUUUCAGGAACCACGAUCGUGUCGCGCAUUAGUGUUACGAAUUAGUUUGGCGUCCCGUGACGGUUUUGAGGAUGUUCCGAAACUGAUAAGGACUCGCGUGGCAAAUGUCAUCAGCUUUGAAGCCGGCGUUCCUGCAAAGCAACGUGUUGAUAAUUUUAAUGGAAAGAGCUAAUAUAUAUAGCUGGUUCUCAAUAAAAGCCUGCGGCUGAGCAAGCCGCAACGUUAAUUCACAGCACACAAUAGGAUUUUUAGAUUCUGAGGAGAUCUUGAAGGGUAACAUAAAAUGUGCCGAUGCCACACCGUUCACCGAGGGGUCAAAAUGUAAAGGAACCGUUUAGAGACAGUUGAGUAGGCUUGAGUAGGGUUUAAACCCCAAGAUAAUCUCCCAAGGAGACGAGACCGAGGAGUGCAACAAAUAGAUUCUUACACACACACUAACCAUGUCGAGACGGACACAAAGGUACUGGUCGACUUCCUGAAUUCAUUUUCUAUCAUUAUCGACUUUCUGUGCCCCGUGGGACUCUGGAAUAUUAUGUUUGGUAGGCGAACGUCCAGAUUUUCAAAGCCGAGGGAGAAAUAACUAAUCGGAGCUGCUUUUGCAGCUAAUACAAUGGCAACAAUUCUGCGGACCGGAGAGACUGGACCCCCGGGUAAGGCUAGCGAACCCUGAGUCUCGUUAGUUGGCGGUUUUCAAAGAUCCGGAGCUAAAACCAACGAAUUUGUGGGGCGUAAUCAUAGCCACGUCUACUCCCAUUUCCACAUUAUAUAAGACAGGCGUACAGCAUACGUAUAAUCCUUAAAGACGACAGUAAGAGGAACAUCUACUAUCGGAAAUAGUGCAGUCAAAGCUAUCGAAGAGUUCUCUCAGAAGAGAAACAGCGUUCAAGAAACGAACUUAAAGUAGAGGGAAGCGACAAAAUACGUGUCCUGUUAAGGCUAAAUAUAUUUUGACUCAGGAACCGUUGUUUGGAGCAAGGGAAUCCGAUCCAUUGAUUUCUCAGGUUCCUCUGGGUGGUCGAGCAAUUGCUGCUAAAAGUCUGAUGUUCAGAGGGGAGUUUUUUGCGAGGAUAUCCGUCAUUCCCGUCUCCUUCUGGUGUGUGCUGAACAAUUGAUCAAGGCAUAAGGGUAAUCAAGUUAAAUUUCAAAACGAGGGCGUCCCCGGGGAAGAAUUUCUGAAGUCAAUUAAUUGAAUUUGAUGCCGACGUGACUGGCGAUUCCAACGACACCUCGUGCGUUUGGUUGCGCCCGUUCUGUCUUAUAAAGUGUGCGCGUUCUUCCUAUCAAAAAUCACUCGUUGUGGCGAGAGAGAGCAGCGGAAAUCAGUGCCUUUCUGAGAUCCGGAUUACAGAACUUAUUCUCAAGGUGCCGAUUUUAUUGGCAGCAUCACUGAAACAUGGAAAUGAAGAGGUUGCUUCACUUUGUUCAUAUAGCAGCGCUGCUGUUACUGACGAUGUCGCCGUUGGAGGCUGCUGGUGGAAAGAAAGAAAAGAGAAAAAGGCGACGGGAGAACAAUGUGCACCACGACCCGCCUGCUGUGAAUUCCACAUCUGGAUUUCUGGAAUCCCUUCUAAAGCGUUCCAACUACGAUCGGGGGCAACCUCCAAUGUUAGACAAAUCAACUCGAGUUGAACUGGGUAUCUAUAUCAACAGUUUCUACUCAAUUAGUGAACAAACGAUGGACUUCUCCGUGAAUAUAUAUCUCCGUCAGAACUGGACGGACCCCAGGCUUGCAUUCGACCCACAGGAAGGAGGCAGGGAUAUGAUUAAGUUAGAGGAUGGUUAUUGGGACCGGUUAUGGGUCCCGGAUGUGUUCUUCCGCAACGAGAAAAAGGCCAAUUAUCAUGACGUAACUAUACCGAAUAGGCUGAUGAGAUUAUAUUCCAAUGGGCAGAUUUGGUAUGUUACAAAAAUAUCAGCCACGCUUUCGUGCCCCAUGGACCUAAAGAAGUAUCCGUUGGAUGUACAACACUGCCCGAUGAUGUUGGAGAGCUUUGGCUACACGAUGGACGUCCUGUAUUUUGUCUGGAUGAAGAAUGCAGUGGAUAUGGAUGACCACGUUAGCUUACCGCAGUAUAAACUACAGGGACAUCAGCUAGAAGACUGCUCCCAAAACUAUACCGCAGGUGCCUUUCCUUGCCUCAAAGUUACAUUCAACUUAAAGCGUGAUAUCGGCUACUACAUGAUUCAGGUCUAUGUCCCCACUGCUCUCAUCGUCAUAUUAUCCUGGGUCGCAUUCUGGAUCAGUAUAGACUCCAGUCCGGCACGUGUCAGUCUCGGCCUCCUUACGGUCCUCACUAUGACGACACAGAGUGCAUCUGCGCGUGCGUCAUUGCCACGUGUGUCAUAUAUCAAGGCUCUUGACGUGUGGAUGUCCGUGUGCCUGGUCUUUGUUUUCGCGUCACUCCUAGAGUACGCCGCUGUCAACGUCUUUUCCCGGAGAGAGAUUCCAAAGCCGAGCAAAGCUUCCUCGUUGAUGGAGAAAUUCAAGGGUCCGUCAGAUAAAUCGCUAAGGAGUUUAACAGAGGUGGAAAACGGUGUCAAUGGGCGAAAACAACCGCCACAAUAUAUCCGAGAUCCAUUCGGACGCGAAAAAGCGAGGAUGGUGGACAAACUAUCAAGAAAGUUAUUUCCAACGACUUUUAUCCUGUUUUGCCUUAUCUACUGGCCAGUGUAUAUUUUCAUAGACAUGUAAAGUGCUACGUUACGGACAUGAGACAUCAACAGCAUAACGUAAACGAGUAUAACAGAAAAACGUGUUUCAGCUUACAUAAUCUUGACGUGUUGCAUGUCCGACCACAUGUCCCACCACAUGCGCACAUGCACAAGUGACGCAUGUAGGCGCACGCAUGCGCAACAGAUAAAUGUGCCACGUGAAGCAAAAUGACGUCACCAUACACGUAUACAUGUAUGCUCAACAUUGACUGGCCAUGUUACCCAGGACGUGCAUGGGAAUACUACCGCUCUGACUGUGAAUUUCACUGUAAAUAACAUUGAAGACCACCGUUUUUUAGAAACAUUUUAACCAUUUGUAUGUAUUGAAGACGCGCUAUUUGUAUAAAGACACUGAAGCGUUCGGUAGUUUACAUUAAAGUUUGCAGUGCCCUUGAAUUAAUAUUCGAUAUUAUCUUGACAUCGAAAUGAAAGUUUUGAUUCACCCAGUUGUUUUAAAGUAAGGUAAAGAUGGGCUAUAAUUAUUUUUUUCUGAAAUAUCAACUAUAUGUAGAUACAGUAUCAAGUUUAGUUUAAGUUCCAUCUUUAUCGUAUAUUAUUCUAACCUUGACUGUUUAUGAGUAAAACAAUGUAUCAAAACUUCACAUUUUUGUGAAAGUAUUCAGUGGUCGUUCAUA